AGCAUUACACACACAGGCUCUGCAAUUGUUUGCAACAAUGGCGAUGACCACCACUCCUCUCUAUUUUGCCUCUCCGAUUCCAAAACAAAGCUACUCUACAAAUCCAUGCACCAUUUCUUCUCUCUCUUCUCAUAUCUCCAUCGCCAAACGCUUGUCUCUCUCUGUCCGAUUACCGCCGCAGCCGGCGACGGCGGUAGUGGUGGCUGAAAUUGCGAGUGCAGUUGUGGAAGUUGAGCCGAAGAAGACCGCUGUUACUCUGCCCAAUUCUCUGCCUUUCCGAGUCGGGUAUGGCUUCGAUCUCCACAGAUUGGAACCUGGAUACCCUCUCAUCAUCGGGGGCAUCGAUAUCCCCCACGAUAGAGGCUGCGAAGCUCACUCUAAUGGUGAUGUGUUGCUUCACUGUGUUGUUGAUGCAAUCUUGGGUGCUUUAUUGGGCAGAAGCUUUGAUGACACUGAGCCAUACCUUGCAAAUAAUAAGCAAACAGGUAGAGUUCGUGCUGUGCCUGAUAACAACCUUUUAAAAAGUUUGCUGUAG